UUAUCGCGAAAAUCGGAAGCGAAACGACCAUGUUCGACGAAGUUCCACAAAAACAAAAAUAAUUUAAUAAGAGUGCUUCUAAAUUACUACAAUUUACAAUGGACGUUUUUGGACUAUUUAAUAAUUUAAAAGAUAAAGAAGAUAUGUUCGCUAUUCAGACCUGGACAUCCGAAUGGUCAAAUAGUUUUCAGGACAAUCAAUUGCUGUGGUCCUUUGGAGGUUGCUUGCUGGUUUCCUUUCUAGUUGUAUGCUUCUACUAUUACAAAAGAUGGAGGGCAAAAGAACUUACUGGCCCCCUUGGCACGGCAUCAAUGGAGCCAGCCAAGCGGUUCCGGAAGCGGGACAAGAUGCUGUUCUACGGGCGACGGAUGCUCAGGAAGGUGAAGUCCAUCUCCAACUCCGGGCAGGGGAGGAAGAGGAGGGCAGUCAUGAGGUUCGCCAGGAAACUGCUGCAGUUGAAGAAGGAUACGGCACCUGAACAGCUUAAGGUCCUGGAGCCCCCAGCUGAAUACCUCGAGGAGGACCUGACCAGCGACGACAGAGUUCCACCAGAUGCGUUAUACAUGCUGCACAGCAUAAGAGUCUUCGGCCACUUCGAGAAGCCCGUCUUCCUCAUGCUGUGCAAGUACACCGAGAUACUGAAUCUGCCCGCUGGAUCGUUCCUGUUUAAAGUCGGCGACACGGACGAGAAUGUGUACGUGGUGCAGACGGGGCGCGUGAACGUGUACAUCACUAACCCGGACGGCGGCAGUCUGUCGCUCAAGGUGGUGCGAGCGGGCGAGAGUGUGACGUCACUGCUCAGCUUCACUGAUGUGCUCACGGGCCAUUCUCAACCGUACAAGACAGUGAAUGCUAAGGCGUUGGAAGAUUCUCAAGUGAUAAAGCUGCCGAUGCGAGCUUUCCAAGAGGUGUUCAAGGAGUAUCCGGAUAUAUUCGUCAGAGUUAUACAGAUAAUCAUGGUGCGACUCCAGCGAGUAACAUUUACCGCGCUACAUCAGUACUUAGGCUUGAGUGCUGAACUUGUAAACCCUGGUCGUGAGCGCCGGAGACCGACGACAGUGGCGUCAUCUCCCGGCAAGACACCCAAGACGUUAGCGGAACAAACGCCGCACCCGUCUGAGAAGAGCUUGACAGACCAUUUGCCAUGUCCCAUACUAACACAGGAGGGCGCAGCGGCGUCGUCGCCGAUACACAUUCCGCGCAAGCCCAAACCUGACAUGGUGCCUGACGUCACGUCUAACACGCCCCAGCUUCCGGAUGUGCAAGCCACUGGUUCCUUCCAAAGACAAAAAGAGGGCUCUUUCAAGAAGUACAGCCAAGCCAACGAGAAUCUCGAUGAAAUUUCUCUACAGAAGAUAGCAACUGAGGCGUUUGUAAAAGAGCUAGGGUUGGAGAACGACAGCCUAAUAAAGGACAGCGUGCAAGUGCGAGACCUGCCCGCUGGUACUUAUAUCAUGAAGGAGGAGAGCCAUAAGCUAUAUUAUAGUGUACCUGGUGAGCCUGAUAUAGUCCAGGACGUAGCGUUAGUUUAUCUUCUGUCCGGCGCUCUGCUGGUCUCACAGAAGGUGGCUGAAGGAGAGGGGGAAGUACACAUGUUUACUGCUUACCCAGGCGAGGUGGAAGGCGGUCUAGCGGUGCUGACGGGCGAGCCGAGCUUCUUCUCCAUCCGCGCUAAACACUUCUCGCGCAUCGGCCUCCUGUCGAAAACCACGGUGUACAGUAUAAUGCGAGACAGACCAUCUGUCGUGUUGCAUAUCGCGAAUACUGUAGUGCGCCGACUGUCGCCGUUUGUGAGACAGGUCGACUUCGCGUUGGAUUGGGUGUUCCUAGAGUCCGGUCGCGCGGUGUACCGACAGGACGAGGAGUCGGGUUCGACUUUCAUCGUGCUCAGCGGCCGCCUGCGCUCCGUCAUCACUCACCCCAACGGCAAGAAGGAGCUGGUGGGGGAAUACGGCAAAGGGGAUCUUGUGGGAAUUGUCGAGAUGGUAACCCAGACCCGUCGCAGUACGACAGUAAUGGCGGUUCGUGACUCGGAGCUGGCGAAACUACCCGAGGGUCUGUUCAACGCGAUCAAACUGCGCUUCCCCGUCGUCGUCACCCGGCUCAUCAACUUGCUGGGACAUAGGAUUCUAGGUUCCUGGCAGAAACCCACUCGCAGUCUGGGCUCGCACCCGCUCGACGCGCGGCCGACUCAACACAACUUCUCCACAGUGGCGGUCGUGCCCGUCAGCGACGACGUGCCGCUCACCGCGUUCACGUACGAGUUGUACCACAGUCUUAGUGCCAUCGGUCCCACGGUGCGGCUCACUUCGGAUGUAAUCAGGAAGCUUCUAGGAGUGACCAUCAUGGACCCCAACAAUGAGUACAGGCUCAGCUCGUGGUUGGCGCAGCAAGAGGACAAACAUAAGGUUGCCUUAUACCAGUGUGACCCGAGCCUUACUCAGUGGACUCAGCGGUGCAUUAGACAAGCAGAUUGCAUACUGAUUGUUGCGCUGGGCGAUAAGCAACCCAGUAUUGGAAAGAUCGAGAAAGAGAUAGAACGCCUAGCAAUACGUACGCAAAAGGAGUUGGUCCUCCUACAUCGUGAAGGCGGGCCCAACCCGUGCGGGACCGUGCACUGGCUCAACAUGCGCUCCUGGGUCUCGCAGCAUCACCACGUGAGGUGCCCGCACAGGAUGUUCACGAGAAAGAGCCAGUAUCGCAUUAGCGAGCUCUACAGCAAAGUGCUAAUGUCAGAAGCGAACGUGCACUCUGACUUCAGUCGUCUGGCGCGCUGGGUGACCGCCACGUCGGUCGGGCUGGUGCUGGGCGGGGGUGGGGCGAGGGGCGCCGCCCACGUUGGCAUGAUACGCGCUAUACAGGAGGCGGGCAUCCCGAUCGACAUGGUGGGCGGAGUCAGUAUCGGUGCGUUCAUGGGCGCGCUGUGGUGCAUGGACCGUAACAUCACCACCGUCACACAGAAAGCUCGGGAGUGGUCCAAGAAAAUGACCCAAUGGGGCAAGCAACUCCUGGACCUCACGUACCCGGCGACCUCCAUGUUCUCCGGGCGGCAGUUCAACGCGACGAUCCGCGCGACCUUCGGCGAGGUGCACGUCGAGGACCUCUGGCUGCCGUACUUUACUGUCACUACCGAUAUCAGCUCGAGCUGCAUGCGCGUGCACAGGCACGGUUCCCUAUGGCGAUACAUUCGCGCCUCGAUGUCGCUUAGCGGGUACAUGCCGCCGCUGUGCGACCCCGUAGACGGCCACCUCCUAUUGGACGGCGGUUACGUCAACAACCUCCCAGCUGACGUGAUGCGGUCUCUCGGCGCUAAACACAUACUCGCUAUCGACGUGGGCUCGCAGGACGACACGGACUUGACCAACUACGGCGACGACCUGUCCGGCUGGUGGUUGCUGUGGAAACGGUGGAACCCGUUCACUACGCCAGUAAAAGUACCCAACUUACCGGAUAUACAGAGCAGAUUGGCGUAUGUGUCGUGUAAUAGACAGCUAGAGGAAGUAAAGAAAUCCGACUACUGCGAGUAUAUUCGGCCUCCCAUCGACGCGUACAAGACUCUCCAGUUCGGUUCGUUCGACGAGAUCCGCGAGGUGGGGUACCGGCACGGCUGCGCGUACUUCGAGGGACAGCGGCGCGGCGGCGGCGGCGGCGUCAGCGGCGCCAGCGCGCAGCGCGCGCACGCCGCGCCCGCACUCUCCGACUACACGUUCACGGAUCUGGCGCAGAUGGUGUGCUCUGUCCGGACGGCCCGCGACGAGGAGAACGAGUCAUCAUCAUCAUCAGACUACGAGGACGACCAACGCUUCGAGGGAUACGCGUCAGAGCCCAGCGCUGGUAUACUAGAGGACAGUCCCCGCCCGCGACGCGUCGGCGGCUCCCUCUCUCUGUCUGAAGACGAGAUGGACUCGGAAACGGAGAUGUACGAUCCGCUGAAUAAGCGCGCGCCGGCGAGGUGAGACGCCAACGCGCUCGACCUGUGCAAGGCCUUAUUCAGGUACGUGCAGGCCGAGCCGGAGGACAAAUAGGCGAAGCGGCCAUUUUGUGUACGCGAAAGUAAUUAGUAGUAGUAAUUUUGUUUACGCAGGUGUCAUCUUGCGUACGCGAAGGCCUUUGUUUAACGGACGUAUGCACGGCCAUUUUCUGUACGCAGUUGCUAUCUAGCGUAUACAGCAAGCGCCUUGUUUAACGGAUGUUUGUUACGUAGCCAUUGGUGUACGCAGGCGCCGUCUUGCGCACGCAAAGCCCGCUUUAUUUAACGGACGGAUGCACGUUCGGCCAUUUUGUGUACGUAGGUGUCAUCUUGCGUACGCAAAAUGCGCUUUGUUUAACGGACGUACGUACGCAUGGUAAUUAUUGUCCAUGGCAGACAUUUUGUUUACGCUAGUAAGCGCAAUCUAUUCGAAAUAAUUUUGCGUACGUUCGACUGAUGAAGGCUGCUUGAUGUAGUAAAAACAUUUUAACUAGCAUUAAACAUCUGAUUGGUGUGAAAAACAACAGACUGUAAACUAUUGGUGCACUUGAGAAUGAAGAUUGUUGUAAUUAUUAAAUGCUAGUCUUAUAAUAAAUAAUUUAGGCCAUAAUUGGAAUUGUUAAUAAUUAAAAUCUGCCCAAUGAAUAAAUUUUAUUUUUUGGUCAAAUUUCAAGUUGGAAUGGGUAACCAAAAAACUCAAUUCCUGAUCAGGAUAUUAUAUUUCCUCAAAAUAUUAUGUAAUCGAGUGUUAUAUAACAUAAUAAAUAAUUAUUGUAUAUUAGGAAUUUAGGUGGUCAAACCCACUAAUAAAUGUUUAGACAGCAUAUAACUAUUAAAAGUCCGCUGUCUUUGUCUUUCACUUUUCCAAUAUGCCCGACCAAAACCAGCAGACUGUAGUAUUAUAUUAUUAGGUAUAGCUAUAAUAUUAUACACAGUGCACAACAUGCUCUUAAAAGUCAAUGCAAUCUUGGUAGCUUGUAAGUAACUUAAUAUUAUGAAUGAUUUGGAAUGUCAAAAGUAUUGGAGAAUUGAUCCAAAGUUAUCGACUGUGAUUUAUGAUUAGGUACAGCUCAAAGCUUAAAGUUAGUUACUAGGUUUGUA